CUUAAAGAAGAUGCUCUUGAUGAUGAUAGAGGACAUGGCUUUUUUGAAUCCAAUCCAUUCAAGAGUUUAACUAGGGCUGCACAAUGGGCUCAACCAAUAACAUACUUGCAUAUAUAUGAAUGCGAUAGUUUUACUAUUGGCAUAUUUUGCCUUCCAACUGCUUCUGUGAUUCCACUUCAUGAUCAUCCUGGAAUGACCGUCUUAAGUAAAAUUCUUUAUGGUUCUAUGCAUGUGAAAGCAUAUGAUUGGGUAGAGCCUUCUUGCAUAACGAAUAGUGGGAGGCCAAGCAAAAUUUCAGGUCUGCUUCUUUGUCCAUGGUAUUGCAUUAAUACAGAAGUGCAGUUCUCUGUGCAUCUAUUAUCUUUGAGCUGGCUUUCAAUUCUUUUUUUUUUUAGGGAAACGUACAUUAGUUGAUCUUUCAUGUUGUGU